GGGUCCGGCGGAGCGUGGUUGCCAUGGUUGCCGCAACGGAAAGGAAGGUGGAGGCCUAGUCGAGUAGGGAAAACGAGCCGCCCUCUGACCCGAAGGUUACGGGCUCGGGUGUAAAGAGAGUCCAUUCGGAGGGCCAAACAGAUAUAAUAUUCCUGCAAGAUGACCCAGGCAGAAAUCAAGCUCUCUUCCCUCUUGCUCUCUGAACAUUUUGGUGACAUCGUAGAAAAGAUUGGGACGCACCUCAUUCGCAUGGGUAGCCAGCCAUUACGGAUGAUAGCUCAUGACACUGGGAUGUCACUUGACCAGGUUCGGAAGGCACUCUGUGUCCUGAUCCAGCACAACUUGGUGACGUAUGAGCUGCAGAAGCGAGGCCUGGUGGAGUAUGAAGCCCAGUGCAGCCGAGUGCUGCGGAUCCUCCGCUACCCCCGCUAUAUCUACACUGCCAAGACCCUUUAUAGUGACACGGGUGAGCUGAUCGUGGAGGAGCUGCUGCUCAAUGGCAAGAUGUCCAUGAGCGCCACAGUGAAGAAGGUGGCUGACCGGCUGACAGAAACAAUGGAAGAUGGUAAAACAAUGGAGUACAGUGAAGUCUCGAGCACGUUUGUACGCCUGGCAGACACCCACUUUGUUCAGAGAUGCCCAUCAGUCCCUGAAGGUCCAGAGCCUUCUGAUGGCCCCCCUCCUCCUGUGCCCACAUUGCAGCUUAACGAGAAGGAUAUGUAUGUGGUUCCAAAACUGAAUCUCAUAGGGAAGGGGAAGAGGAGGCACUCCGACAACGGCCAAGACAAUGGAGAACGCAAAGCGAAACGACAAAAGCAGGAGGCAGACAGCAAUGAGUCUCCAUCAGAUGAUGGAAUCUACUGGCAAGUCAACAUUGACCGUUUCCACCAGCACUUCCGAGAUCAAGCCAUUGUCAGCGCUGUGGCCAACAGAAUGGACCAGACCAGCAGUGAAAUUGUGCGGACGAUGCUGCGAAUGAGCGAGGUCACAACUUCUUCCAACGCGCCAUACACCAUGCCCCUGUCUUCCAACGAGAUAUUCCGGUCGCUUCCGGCUGGUUACAACAUCUCCAAACAGAUUCUCGAUCAGUACCUCACUCUAUUAGCAGAUGAUCCGCUGGAAUUUGUUGGCAAGUCGGGGGAGAGUGGCGGAGGAAUGUACGUCAUCAACCUUCAUAAGGCCCUAGCAUCACUGGCCACCGCAACACUGGAAUCAAUAGUUCAGGAAAGAUUUGGGUCUCGUUGUGCUCGCAUCUUCCGCCUGCUCCUGAGGAAGAAGCAUCUGGAACAGAAGCAAAUAGAAGACUUUGCAAUGAUCCCUGCCAAGGAAGCAAAGGAAAUGAUGUACAAAAUGCUGUCGACUAACUUUGUAGCCCUCCAGGAGAUCCCCAAGACCCCCGAUCAUGCCCCUUCCCGCACUUUCUACCUAUAUACAGUGAACAGGCUUUCAUCUGCACGGAUGCUGCUCCACCGCUGUUACAAGAGCGUGGCCAACCUGAUAGAAAGACGCCUGCAUGAGACUAAGGAGAACCGGCGUCUGCUGGAAAAAUCCCAGCGGGUGGAGGCCAUCCUCGCCUCAAUACAGGCCUCAGGGGCAGAGGAGGCACAGCUGCAGGAGAUCGAGGAAAUGAUCACAGCCCCCGAACGGCAGCAGCUGGAGAGCCUCAAGCACAACGUCAACAAGAUUGAUGCAAGUGAGAACCAAGUGGAUGAAACCAUAUUCAUUUUGGAAUCCUAUAUCAACAGCACCAUCAAGAGCUGAACAACCCCAGUGACUACAAGGCAACGGAGAGGGGCUGUCUUCCUCCUCCCUAAGGAGCAAUUCUGUCUCCCCAUCACAAGCAGGGCUAAUGGACACUGAGUGUUGGGAGUGCCUCAACCUCUGUUUGUGACUCUAUGUCAGUUUUUUACAAAAGGAAAUAAAAAGACAGACCUGUU